AUGCAGUUUAAGGAUUCGGAAUACGCCCACCGCUAUACGGCGACUGGCCUUGGUACUACGAUCUUGGCUAAUCGUAUUAGUCAUGUAUUUAACCUGCAAAGCCCGAGUUCGGUUAUAGAUACAGCUUGUUCGUCUUCUCUCUAUUGUCUUCAUGCUGCUUGCACUGCUCUCCAAGCAGGAGAAUGUGACUCAGCCGUCGUAGCUUGUGCCAAUCUUAUACAAUCGCCAGAGCAGCAGCUAGAGACCAUGAAGGCAGGAGUUUUGUCUAAGACGUCAACUUGCCAUACCUUCGAUUCAUCCGCAGAUGGAUACGGAAGAGCCGAUGGGAUAGGAGCCUUCCUUGUCAAGCGGCUUAGUGACGCGAUCCGGGAUGGGGAUGCAGUCCGUGCUGUAAUUCGCGGCACUGCCGUGAACAGCAACGGCAAAACAAACGGUAUUACCCUCCCAAGCGCAGACGGACAGGAAGCUGUUAUACGAAAGGCGUAUGCUCAAGCAGGCCUCGGAUACGAAGAAACUGCCUACGUCGAGUGUCACGGGACAGGAACGGCAGUGGGAGACCCCAUUGAAGUAGAGGCGGUUUCCCGCGUCUUCAAGAAACAAGAGGGGUCUCCGCCGCUAAUUGGCUCCGUAAAGAGUCAUCUAGGGCAUAGCGAGGCAGCCAGUGGAAUCUCUAGCAUCAUAAAGGUCGUCCUGGCAUUGGAGAAUAAAGAGAUCCCUCCGACAGUAGGGGUUAAAAGCAUUAACCCGAAGAUCAAGCUUGACGACUGGAAGAUUCAAAUCGUCACACAGGUGACACCGUGCCCAGACACUUCCCCACACAAGUCAAGCGAUGGCAUUCGGAGAGCCGGUGUCAAUUCAUUUGGCUAUGGUGGCGCUAACGCUCAUGCCAUAUUGGAAGCGGCAGAACAUCAUCUGCCCCUAGGAUACAUGAGCCCAUCAGUCAAACAGGCCGCAACUCUGUCGAGGACCACGAUGCUUUUACCUGUCUCAGCGAGUAGCGACACCGCACUAAAACGUAGAGUAUCCGACUUAUCUGCGCUCGAUCUCAGCUGUGUGAACAUCACCGAUCUGGCCCAUACAUUAGGAAUGAAGCGAUCCCAUCUCUCUGCUCGAGGAUACGUCCUAGUCCGCCCUGAGUCGCUACAAGAAGACUUCAUCCUCGAAAACACCCACAUCCGGUUAGAGGGAAAGCCAUACUCGAAACUACCUCUAGCUUUCGUUUUCACUGGCCAGGGAGCGCAAUGGGCUGAGAUGGGUGUUGAGCUGAUACACGAAUACCCCAGCUUUCGGCAAACCAUUCAAGUGCUCGACUCAACACUACAGUUGCUGCCACACCCACCGAACUGGACUCUACUAGGAGCCCUUCUCGAGCCUGCUAAGACGAGUAUGAUCAACCACGCCUCGCGUAGUCAGCCGGUAUGCAGGGCCAUACAGGUCGCUAUGAUUCAGCUUCUUUCGACUUGUGGGAUUAAGCCCGAGAAAGUCGUCGGGCACUCGUCGGGUGAAAUCGCUGCCGCGUAUGCCACAGGCCAUAUCACAGCUGAGCAGGCUAUCACCAUUGCCUACUAUCGUGGCUACGUGACGAGGAGCCCUAAUGCGAUGGUUGGUGCCAUGAUGGCCGUCGGGCUUGGUCGCACGGAUGCUGAAGAGCAUAUCGACGCACUUGGCCUCGAUAACCAGAUCUGUGUAGCUUGCGUCAACUCCCCCGAGAGUGUCACGAUAAGCGGAGAUAUCGAUGGCAUCGAUAAGUUAAAGACACAUCUCGAUACACUUUCCAUCUUUGCUAGGCAGCUAAAGACUAACGGUAAGGCCUAUCACUCACACCACAUGGCCGCGGUAGGACAAGAAUAUGAAGAAUAUCUCAUUGGGGCAGCAUCUGAGAUCAAUUCCCCAAAGAUGAAUGGUUCUCUCCCAUCUAGUUCUGGGGUCCAAUGGAUCUCAUCUGUCACUGAAGAAAUAGUGGACAAGCACCUCGUGAGACCCUCAUACUGGCGAGCGAACCUCGAGUCACCAGUGCUGUUCAGUAAUGUCGUUGAGAAACUGCUACAGGACUUCGGUCCGCAUCACCUGAUUGAGAUCGGUCCUCAUUCAGCCCUGGAGAUGCCUAUCAGACAGAUUCGCACUAAUUUGAAAAUGGGUGAGGACAAGGUGCACUAUGGAGCUGCAUUGUCGCGCGGCAAGGACUCGGUCAUCACAUUCCUCAACCUCGUUGGAAAUCUCUACCUCCACGGCCACAGCAUUUCUUUCAAACAUGUCAACGUGGUCCAGUCAUCCCCUUUUAGAACCAAAGGAGGAUACGCGGCUCAGCAAGGAAAAAUGCUUCUAGACCUUCCGAACUAUGCCUGGGACUACGAUUCGCAGCCUAUGAUUAACGAGCCGCGGGUUAGUGUUGAGUGGAGAAACAGGAAACACCCUCGUCAUGAUAUUCUCGGCUCGCAGGUACACGGCGGCAACGGAAUUACGACAACAUGGAGAAAUGUGCUAAAAGUGAAAGAUAUACCGUGGGUUGAAGGCCACAAGUUAGACACGACAGUUGUAUUCCCCGCCGCUGGAUACCUAGCGAUGGCGAUCGAAGCCAUGCGCCAAGUGGCAGGGAUCAAUGACGUCGACGAGGCCUGUGCUCUCAAGCUCCGAGACGUUACCAUUACCAAAGCAUUGGUAUUGGGACAAGAGGCGAACGAUGCGGGUGUCGAAAUCUUCACGACAUUACAACCAGCCCAGCUUCCGGGACAUGUCGAUACUGAAUGGCACCAAUUCAAUAUCAGCUCCUACAGCGGAGAAGAGGCCACGACCCACGCUAAAGGUCUCAUUCAGCUAGCAAAGGCAUAUGAUUAUGCCACAGUCUUAAGCCUUCCGACUGUCAAGCCAGAAGGCAUGGAGCCCAGCGCGCCUCGUACAUGGUAUAACAAAUUCGCUGAGGGGGGCUUAAAUUUCCAGGGCCGAUUCCAGUCACUAUCCCAGAUCCACCUGCAUAGAAAGCGGGAGGACACGCAUGUUCUCGCCAAGACUGGGCUGAGACAAACAGAAGGCGACGAUAAGAACCCGGAAUCAACAUACAUGCUUCACCCCGUCACCAUCGACUCGCUCUUCCAGGCCGGAAUCAUGGCCAGCACAAGUGGUAUAGUUCGAGAGCUUCGAGCCAAGGUUCCUGUCCACAUAGAGGAGAUAAUUAUUAGGUCUCCCACACAUGACCACUCAAAAGUAUCAGAAGAAAACGAGUUGAAUAUAAAAGCGGUAUCUGAGCCCGUUGGCUUCGGCACGAUUAGGGUCUCGGCCGAGCUUUACGGAGAUAACGGUCUACCCGUCUUGCAAAUUAGUCGAUGUCGUCAGGUUGCAUAUCAGAGCGGCACGCGGCAGCAAGAUGGCGGCGAUGAGCGACAUCCCAUGCUGCGGGUCAUCUGGAAGCCGGAUAUCUCAAGACUUGGCCCAAACGACCAAGCCGCAUUCUCCACAUAUAUCGAACAGCAAGCAACUCAUGCCGCAACGUCGAGCGCGGGGAAGCAGGAUGCUUCCUUGACGAGAUUAGGGACUGCUCUUGAUCUCCUAGUCCACAAGAACGCCAGGCUCCGCAUCCUAAGCCUAUUCGCAGAUGAGAAAGAUAAUAACUACUUCAUUGACAUCCUCCGGCUUACCACUGCUUUCAAGAGGUGCCAGUCAUUAUGGCGCGGAACCUACGAAAAUGGAUCUAUUAAAUGCGUGGAAUAUUCUUCAGACGAUGAGUCUGAGGGAAAGCCGAGAGGUGAUGGUUCGGACUUCGAUCUAGUAUUGCUAGGACCUCAGAGCAAUAAUACAAGUAUCGACCUCGCGGCCAUUAGAGACCUCAUAGCGGAAAAUGGCACCCUGCUUUCCGUUACCGGUUCCGACGAGGCCAGCACGCUCAAUAAACUGGGGUUUACGACACUCCAAACGCAACUUGGAGGAGCCUAUGAGACUAUACUCGCGCAUCCGCCUAGCAAAGAGAGCUCUGGGAAGAAGAAGGCCGCCGUGUCAGGGGAGAUUCUCAUCGUCGAACGAAACACCCACCACACCCUCAACAGCGCUGUCGCAAACCAGGUAUACCAAACAACCGGACACCAUGCCAAGCGCGUGUCCCUAGAGAAAAUCACACCCAGUCUCCUCAGCACGCACAGCGCCGUCAUCACAACCAUCGAACUAGAAACUCCGACCCUCUCCCGCGUCACAGAAGAGGAAAUGCGCCUCAUAAAAAUCCUAACAGACAACUGCACAAACCUAAUCUGGGUCACGGGUGGACAGCUCCUGCAAGGCUCUCAGCCAGAAAUGGCCGUCGCCUUCGGGCUCUCGCGCGCACUAAUGCUAGAGCAGCCAUCCCUGCGUUUCUUCGUCAUCGACGUCGACGUGAACACCAACACCGCCACCCCAGACAUUGAAACCACAGCGCGCCACGUCUUCAAGGUGCUGCAGCAAGCAAUCGAGGACCCAGAGCCCGACUUCGAGUUCGUACAAGCGGCAGGCAUGUUGCACGUCAGCCGUUUUGUGCCUAGCGAGUGGAAGAACCGCGUCUUCCGCGAGAAACAGGGCAGCGAGAAGACAGCCCUAACGUUAGGCGAAGCGCGGCCUUGCAGGCUUGAUAUCGAACAGGUCGGACACACAGAUGGGAUCUUCUUCCGUCGGGAGGAAACAUAUGCAGAGGAGCCCUUGAAAGCGGGUGAUGUCGAGGUGUCCGUGAUGGCGGUUGGUCUGAGUACGAGGGAUCUCCAAGCCAUCAGCGGCAAUGCGAAGAACAGUAGCGGCUCCAUAUGCACGUCUCAGUACGCCGCUAUAGUAAGUCGGGUCGGCGCGGGAGUUGAAAGCCUAGCGCCAGGAGACCGCGUUGUAGUCAUGGCUCCGGGCAGCUUCUCCACCAAGGAGCGCGUCGCGGAGUGGGCUUGUCAGAAGCUCAAUGACAACGAAGACUUUACAGGCGUAGCUUGUCUCCCACUUGCCCUCAGUGCAGCCAUUUACGCCAUCAACACGCGCGCCCACCUCCAGCCAAACGAAUCAAUCUUGAUUUGCUGCGGUGGCAGUGAUAUUGGGGCUGAUCUCGUCGCCGUGCGCAUGGCUCAACUUAUCUGCUCACAAGUCUUUGUCGUUGCUACCAAUGAGGAUCAGAAGAACGUUUUCUCCGAUUUCAAGUUGCCACAAGGUCAGGUCUUCGUCGCAAACGAUCCGGAACUUGAUGUCAAGCUACUGGCAGCCACUAAAGAUCGUGGUCUAGACGUUAUCGUUGCCUUUGCCGAUGACAAGCCUCCUGGUGUUAUACUCAAUCGUUCAAUCAUCAGCGCCAUCAGCGCCGACUGCGCUCGUCUUGUGCAGGUGGGCGUAGGCGGACCGAGUUUAGUCGAUGCGGUCGUUAUGGACCCGCGAAUGUCGCGCAGAAGCAUUACAGUGACGCAAUUCGAUAUGGGGAGUCUCAUCGCACUCCAGACGCCAAACGGACAAAAUAUGCGUCGCAGGUUGCUUUCUGACGCUAUGUCCCCAUACCGCAGUGGCGACCUGGCCACUAUUGACCUCUCCCCCGAUGUUUGGGACAUUUCAGCCGUAAGAGAAGCAUUCGAUUCUCUAGCGUCUCCCAAAGUAGAGAAGGGAUCUCACAACGGAGGCGUUGUUGUUUCCCUCGAGAACGACACAUCGUCGGUCCCCGUGCUGCCUAUCAAGUACGACACCACUUUUAGCCCGGAUAAAACUUACCUACUUGUUGGUUGUCUCGGGGGCUUGGGUAGGAGCAUGUCGAAAUGGAUGCUCACACGCGGUGCUCGCAAGUUCGUCUUCUUAGGUCGCAGUGGAACUGACAGGGCCCCGGCGCGCCGUUUAGUCGAGGAUUUGGAGUUUUCAGGCGCUCAGGUGACUGUUGUGCGAGGCGAUGUGGUCAAUCUUGAAGACGUUGAGCGCGCCGUAGCAUCUAUAGACGGUGCAAUUGGUGGUGUCAUUCAAGCCGCCAUGGGUCUUGAUGAAGCCCUAUUCACCACCAUGUCUCGCCAGUACUGGCUUAAUGGCCUAAAACCCAAGAUUGUGGGAUCCUGGAACCUCCACAACGCCAUCCGUGGCCAUGACCAGGAACUCGACUUCUUCCUGAUGACAUCGUCCGUAUCAGGUAGUGUUGGUACCGCUACCGAAAGCAAUUAUUGUAGUGCCAAUUAUUUUCUCGAUGUGUUUGCCAGGUACCGCCGUGGCCUUGGUCUCCCCGCUACCUCGGUAGGCCUAGGUAUGAUUUCCGAGGUUGGUUACCUACACGAGAAUCCAGAGAUCGAGGCUCUUCUUUUGAGAAAGGGUAUACAGGCCAUUAACGAGGAUGAGAUGCUGCAAAUCAUCGAUAUUGCCCUUUCCCAGCAGACAGAUGUGCCAAAUACGACCGGCGAUGCUUACGAUGAGCUAGGCCUAGGCCACGUACUGACUGGCCUGGAACCUCUGGGUCUCAGAGAACUUCGCGCUAAGGGCUUCGAGGGCACAAGUCCGGUAUUAGGCGACCCCCGUGCCUCCUUACUGUCAGCUGCACUAGACGAAGAAACGUCAGGGUCCGGAAGUGGUAGCGGUAGCGGAUCAACGAAUGGCCUCGCCGCUGAGAUAGCUGAAGCGAUUAACUCCGGCAGCUCCGUGACUGAAGCAGCCUUGGCGAUGGUUGUUACCAAAUUUUCAAGCCUAGUUCUCAUGCCUAAGGACAAGAUCGAUGUUCAUAAGCCAAUGAGCGGGGUUGGUAUUGACAGUAUGCUUGCAGCCGAGUUUCGAGCAUGGGUUUUCCAGGCGUUCAAAGUCGAUGUGCCUUAUCUGACACUUCUUUCCUCUACCGCAACACUUUCCACGAUUUCUGAAUUGAUAUCCCAGACAUUGAUGAAAGUGAGGGAAGACGAUGCUUAG